AUGACCGUCUGGUACCUCUCUCGAUCGAUAUGCAUCAAGUCGGGGUCGUUCAACAUGAUGGAGCGUCCAGAUAUACUCAUUAAAGUCCUCAUGUCUAUGCUACUAUCAACUCGCGGACAGCUAGGCUACGACCCCUUGAUCACCCUGACCGCAGACCAAAGCUACGUCUACGAAUUGCCGCCCGAUGGCGAGAACAGGCGCGAGGCGCUGUUCUGCCAGACAAAGGAGCUCAUCUCGGAGUACCACUGUCUCAGCAAUACGGGGCGUAGUACGAGAAUCUGGAGGGUGCAACAGGUAUCUUCUCCCACCGACUUGACAUCCAUUCCGGGAAUGGAGGAUAGAGUGUUAAAACACGUUUCCGUGGAUGCGAAUAAGAGGAACGAAGGGGAUGUCCAAGAAUCUCUCUUCCGUGAUAUCGAGGCGUUUGGACGACAGCCUGACUGGCGGGAGGAUGAUAUCUUGAAAGAAAUGCCCGCUGAUGAUUUGGAAAUUCUGGAAAAGGCUUUGAAGGGUGAUAAUUUCAAAAGGUUGUUCUGCUGCAUUGUUGUGAAGUAUGCUCGAGGCGAGCUUGAAUUGUCCCCGUUGCCGUUGCCGCUGUCUGCAAACGAAGUGGCGUCCGAGCUGGAGGUUUCGCCCAAGACUCGAUGUUUCUUUGUUUAUGAGGGUGUUUACAUGCCGCUCGAGGAUAUACCUACCCUUGGAGAGGCAAUGGAUAUUAUCAGGCAGUCUCUGAGACUGAUGUGGUGUGCCGGUUGGGUGCACCGCGAUGUCAGCAUCGGGAAUAUACUUGCGUCCAGACCAUCGACAGGCACUCCAUGGGAAGUGAAACUGGCAGACCUGGAACAUGCGAGGAAGUUCCCCGAUCCGAACAUCCUCAGUGAUGAUUGCCCUAUUGGGACACCUCACUUCAUGGCUGUUGAGGUACAAAAGGGGUGUCACUUCUUCCCCGGGAUUGAGGAACGUCCCAAAGAGCGUAAGACGUGGUUUCCCAAGAGACCUGUGAUCCAAAACUAUCAACAUGAUCUGGAAUCCAUCUGGUGGACAAUCCUCUGGCUCAUCACAGCAAGAACGAGGGUGCCUGUGUCGCGCGUGUUUGCUGACCGGUAUUUUCGAGACAGGGACAGUCCCGCCUAUCAGAUAUUCCGUUCCCACUUCCUCUCCGGAGACAUGCCGGAGCUCGCAAUAGGCCGGGGGUUCCCAACUUCUCUUCCCCCGAAGCUCUACCAGGACCCAUCCUUCCUCACGAACCUCGACGACCUCAAGACAAACCUCCACGCCGAAUACGCCUCUCGGAAUCGUGUUGGGAAGCAGGACGAUAGAAGGAGUUAUGCCUGGAUUGUUGGUAAAGGAGCCUCGGAUUUCUUCCGUGAUAUUGAAGGCUCUCGAGAGGACUGGAGCGAUAUUGAGUUGGAGGUUAGUCGAGACUCCCAUCCUCAGGGUAGCCAGACUGUUGAGGAAUCCUCGUCAUCGUCUUACGGAAGCUCUGCGGCCGAAGCGACGAAUUGA